UGGCUGCGUUUGACUUCUUGUCAUAGGCAUUUUUUUAUUAGAACUUUAUUCUAAUCAAACCAACAUACGGAAAGGAGGUUUCAAACUGUUCUAGCCAACUUAGCUACGUCUAAGUCUGCUCUUGUCGUGGGCAUCGAAAGUCUACGUCUACACACUCCUUUUCUCCUUAUGCACAUCCUAUUUUUUCAUUCCUUGAUUCUCCUUUGGUUUACUUAAUCUAAAGGUUAGAAAUAAAUAAGUGUGUAAAGAAGUAUGCGGAUAUAAGUUCCCAAGUCGGCGUGCUUGUUCAGUCUGGGUUUUUACCACACAAAUGUUGACUUGGAAAAGUUGGGGUUUAAUUCAAUUUUGUUGCUUCUGGAAGGCAAGGCAAGUUCUAUAUAUUUUGACUGCAGGAUGAUGCAGAAGACUCAUAGCUUACUGCAGGUGCCAUAGAAUUCAAUGGAGUCCCUUCGAUUACUUGUACUAUUCCUAACAACCCUCUUUCUCCUCCAAUCAAGUUUUGCAGUUGAUUUCUCCUUCACUGGUUUCAACUCAUCUGAUAUCUUGCUCUAUGGAAAUGCAACCACAGAUUCUGGUGUUCUUUCUCUCACAACCAACACCACAUUUUCCAUUGGCAGAGCUCUAUACAAUGCCAAGGUUCCCACAAGGUAUCCAGAUUCCAUAAACCUUUUGCCUUUCACCACCUCUUUCACCUUUUCCAUAGCCCCAUACAAGGACUCUCUCCCUGGCCACGGAUUCGUCCUUGUUUUCGUUCCCUCUCCAGGCAUCCAAUCCGCCUCUGCAUCCCAACAUCUCGGCUUCUUGAACAAUACCAAUAACGGUAACCCCAACAACCACGCUUUUGGAGUCGAAUUUGAUGUGUUCCAAGACAAAGAAUUCGGUGACAUCAACGAUAAUCACGUCGGCGUUAACGUCAAUUCUCUAACUUCUCUGGCUUCUUACGACGCUGGAUACUGGCUUGGUGAGGGCAGUAGCAUUACUGACUUUUCUUUCAAGGAAAUAAAGCUGAGUAGCGGAGACAACUAUCAAGCUUGGAUUGAGUACUGGAAUUACCAGCUCAGCAUAACAUUGGCUCCUGAAAAUGUGAAGAAGCCUGAGAGGCCUUUGAUUAGGGUUCCUCUUGAUCUCUCUCAAGUUUUUCUUGAUGAAAUGUAUGUUGGUUUCACUGCAUCAACUGGCCAACCAAUUGAAGAUCAUAAAAUUCUGAACUGGAGCUUCAAUAAUUGAAGCUAGUAUAAUAUUUAGAGUAUUUCGUCGAUGUACUCUCUGAACUUGUAGGUCGUUUUUAAUUUUCCACUUUGUUUUUUUUAGAAUAAAUGGGACUCAAACUAUUAAAAAAAAAAAAGCCAAUUACCUCCGUGCCGUCAUAUUUCCUAUAUAGUGCUACAUCCAAUGUAUUUAUCUUGAAUAUGUGAGUUGGAAGAUUUGUACCUUCAGAAACAAGUAAGGUUCAUGACAUGCCUCAUUAACCUGGCUUAAUGGAGGCAUGAAAAUAUUUGUUUCUUGUUUUGAUUUUGAUUAUGUAAAAGUUGAUGGUAUUGUAAAACGAUUAUAAUUCUCGGUCCUUAUU